CGUGUAAUAAUGGCGUGUAGAAGCGCGUCCAGGACACAAGACGCGAUAGAUAGCAUAAAGAAUCAAACAGAAGGGGAUAAUAACGUUGGAGAGUUGGUUUUUAAGCAUUUGGAAUUGUCGUUUUUGGCGUCCGUGAGAAAAUGUGCUAAAGAGAUAUUGUACACGGAGAAACGAAUCGAUAUCCUAGUAAACAAUGCUGGUAUAAUGAUGUGUCCGAAAACGCUGUCGGAGAACGGAAUCGAACUCCAUUUGGCUACCAACCAUUUGGGUCAUUUUCUGUUUACGCUCUUGUUGCUGCCCAGAAUAUUGARAUCAGCUCCUGCCAGGAUAAUCAAUGUGACUUCGUUGGCUCACAAAUGGGGUGAUCAAAAAAUGCAUUUCGACGACAUAAACCUGGACAAGGACUACACGCCUAGCGGGGCGUACGGCCGCUCCAAGUUGGCCAACAUUUUGUUCACAGUGGAACUGGCCAAACGCUUAAAUGGUACUGGAGUGACGGUAUACGCGGUCAAUCCAGGUAUCGUCCACACCGAACUCAGUCGGUAUGUCGAUCAGACCAUCUUUCCUGGUGCAUCGUGGCUGUACAACAGUUUUACCAAAAUCGCAGUCAAAACGCCCCAACAAGGUGCUCAGACCACGUUAUACUGCGCUCUGGACGAGAAAUGUACCAGUGAAAGCGGCUUAUAUUACAGCGAUUGUAAAGUACAGGAACCAGAACCUGCGGCCAAAGACGAAGAAGUCAGUGCAAAGUUGUGGGACACUAGUUGCGCUAUUGUUCGUUUAGAUCCUUCAAUAGAUCCUUUUAAGCCGGAGAGCGAUGACGCAUGACAUAUCGAUUUAACACCGCACAUUUUAUUAACCGUGGAAUAUUUUCUACGACGAUAUUGUACACAAACAUUAAGUUAUUUUUUUUUUAGGUUUUAUUGAUUUAAUUUAUAUAUUUAUGUAC